AUGGCACCCUCAAGUCCAUCUCAACAUACCAACCCUCUUCUCAACCUCGUCAACCCAUACUCUUCCGUCGCUCGUUCGACCUACCCAGAUCCCGACAGUCCCUCUACCAUGCUUCUAAGGGAGCUACAAGGCGGUGACGACUCGACUGUCAACGACGACGAUGAGGAUCAACUUCGGAACGAUAGGAUGUCACCUACACCUACACCCGAUAAUAUCCAUCGCAGAGCCAUGGGGGGUUCGCAUACACGUACACACGUAUUGACGACCUCAUCAAGUUCCUCAGAUGAUGAUGAAGCUCCUCCUCGAUCAUUGAUAUUUGGUGAACAACCUUCAGCAGGUGAUCGAACACCCAAAUCACCCUCAAGACCUCUCAUACAUAGUGAUCGUACACCUAUACCGAGGGCUAGUAGUCCUGGUCCAUUCAUCAAUCAUAAUAUCCCCUCAUCAUCUACCUCCACGAGAUCUAGAUCAACAUCACCUGGUCCAUCAACUAUAUCAGUUUAUGCAUCUGGAUUAGAAGGUACCAAUACCAAUCUUGGUGAAUCAUCUAUAUCCAGAGAUGCAUCGACAUCACCUGAGACAAAUAGACCUAACAAACCAUUGCCUACUUUCCGAGAACCACCGAGUGGCUCAUCAACUCGUCCUAAUCCAAUUCCAUCUUCUCGACAGACUAGUAGCUCAGGAUAUCUAGAUCCUACCUUUACGAGUGAAGCUGAAAGCUCGAAGAAGGGGAAAGGCAAAGCUAAGGCUAAAUCAAGGGAUAAAGGAGGAAGGAAAUAUCAUGCGUUACCUGUUCAGGAGGAGGAAGACGAACAUGAAGAACGAGAAGAUAGAGGCAGAUAUACUGGAUUACAAGGCAGGAAAGAUAAGAUAGGAAGGAAAGGACUGAACAAUCAUGAGAAGGCUUUGUGGAAGUGGGUAAAUGUAGAGGACUUGGAUGGAUUCUUACAAGAGGUAUACGAUUACUAUAAGGGUAAAGGAAUAUGGUGUAUAGCACUUGCCAGAGCACUCAACCUAUUAACCACUUUCUUCGUCAUUGCUUUUUCUACCUUUCUCACGUCCUGUAUAGAUUACAAGAAACUAUGGUCGGAAGCAUCUGGACCUGAUGCGAUAGCAAGGUUGGAUGAUGUAUUAAUAGAGAAAUGCAUAAUAAGAGCUUCAUUCCCUCACAUGUUAUUCAUGAUCAUCAUAUCAGCCUUCUUCAUCUUCCAACUCUCCUCCUUCGUUCUUUCCCUACCCAAACUACUGGAGAUGUAUCGCUUCUACACUUACCUACUCGGAAUACCAGAUGCCGAUAUACAAACUCUACCUUGGCCUGAAAUUGUUCGACUCAUAGGAGAAAUCCGGAAUCACAACCCUGUCACCUCCUUGUCCAAUGGCGGAGCGACCGCUUUGGCAGAUAUGGUAGACGAAGCGGAUCAAGCUACGUAUAAGAAACUGGAUGCUCAUGAUGUUGCCAAUCGAAUUCUACGUCAAGAGAACUACCUUAUCGCGUUAUUCAACAAAGAUCUCUUGGAUCUCAGAGUUCGUUUACCAAUCCCUCAUUCGCUUGAUCAUCUCGUACCUCCCUCACUCCUUGCUCCAACUACCGGAUCCUUGCCUUCACACACUUCUCAGCAGGAUAGGAAGUUCAUAUCGUUUGGUGCGAAUACCCUUACCAAAGCUUUGGAAUGGAAUUUGAGAUUUUGCUUGAUGGUAUAUCUAUUCGAUACGAGAGGUCAGGUCAAAAAGGAAUUCGUGAGAGAGCGGAGAAGAAAGGAUCUGGUCAUUGGGCUAAAAAGAAGAUUCAUCUUCAUGGGUGUAUUGAAUGCGAUCUUCGCGCCGUUCAUAGUGGUUUAUCUGGUUGUGUAUUCAUUCUUCAGAUAUUUUGAGGAAUAUCACAAGAAUCCAUCAUCAAUUGGAGGUCGCCAAUAUACACCUUACGCCCAAUGGAAGUUCCGCGAAUUCAAUGAAUUGCCACAUCUGUUCGAAAGGCGAUUAGACCGUUCAUACCCUAUAGCCAAAGAGUAUAUCGAUCAGUUUCCCAAAGAGCGAACGGCUCUGAUCAUGCGGUUCGUAGCAUUCAUAGCGGGAUCAUUUGCAGCCGUUUUACUGCUAGCUUCGGUGAUCGACCCAGAUCUAUUCCUGCAUUUCGAGAUCACCCCUCAUCGUACGGUCUUAUUCUACUUGGGUCUCUUCGGAGGUGUGUUGGCAGUAGCCAGAGGGAUGGUACCGGAGGAGAAUAUGGUAUUUGAUCCUGAAGAACGGAUGAAGGAGGUUGUGGGAUAUACUCACUAUCUGCCAGCUGAGUGGAAAGGUAAACUGCAUAGUCAAAUGGUUCACCAAUCAUUCGGUCAACUGUUCGCUCUGAAAAUAACCAUCUUCUUCACUGAACUUCUCUCAGUAAUCCUCACUCCCUUUGUCCUAUUCUUCUCGCUCCCACCAUGUGCAGGGGCGAUCAUCGAUUUCUUCAGGGAAUUUACAGUCCACGUUGAUGGAGUAGGAUAUGUAUGUUCAUUUGCGGUAUUUGAUUUCAGAAGGAAUGGUUCGGAUCCCAAAGCAGUUGAUGAAGUUGCGGCUGCACCGUCUACGACUACCACUCAAGGUUCACCUGCUGCUGUUAUCGAUCACAAUCAGACUACUAGAAAAGCGAAUCGAGAUAGGUGGACAGAGAAAGGAAACGAAAAGAUGGAAUCUAGUGUACUUCACUUCAAGGCUACUCAUCCAGAUUGGCAACCUUCCGAUCCGUCUGCUUCUUUAUUCUUAGACAGACUUGUUGGACAACUCAGAUCACCUAGAUCACCUAGAUCGCCCAGGACCAAUUUUCAUCGUGGAUUGGGACUAGAAGGUUCAAUGUACGCAGGGGGUGGAGGACGCGGAUUGGGUAUAUCAGGAGUGGGGAUGGAUGAAAGGAAAUUGCUAGAAAGGAGGAAUGAAUAUGAAAGAGCAUUUGAUAGAUCAAGUCAUCUGAUCAAACCUUCCAGAAGACGAGAAAGAGAGGAUGAAGUGAUACAGGAACGUAAUGAGGAUGAACAAGAUCCUGAGGAUGAGGAAGGGUUAGAGGGAUGGAAGGAAGAUGAUAAAGGUAAAAGAGUUGAUGGGGAAGAAGAGAGAUGGAGGGAUGAAGGGGUUAGAGGGAUCUUACAGCAGGUUUUGGGGAGGUGA